UGGGAGACAAUCAGGGUGCUUUCUCCUUCGCGGGGAACAGUUGUCUAUGUGCGAGGCAAGAAAUAAACGUAUCCGUGGAUAUGUUGAACGGUUGGUUGGUUCGUCCUACCUUUUGGACCGGUUGUUAGGUUUCCCCCUGUCCUUCCCAGCGUCUCACUUUUCUCUCUCUCUCACAAGCAAAUUCACUGAGCUUCGACUCUAAGCAGCCAUGGAUUUGGAGGUUGAUCAGGAACAAGAAAACCAACGUUUUUUAACACUACUCGAAGCGCUAAAGAAGGUCUCCAAAGAUCUACGAAGCAACCCCAUUUCACUAUCAAACAACGAGUCAGAAACCACCGUUGAAGUUCUUUCGAAGCUCGAAACCGAGGCCGCCACGGCCUUUUCCAUGGACCCAAAGCUUCUCAACCUCUCUCGUUUGCUCUGCAGCCUCAAGACCUUACUCGAAAGGCUGGAGCAAUCUCAGAGCUAUAGCCUCAAAUCCAUCCUUUGCUGCCAAAUUACAAAAUACAAGAUUUCCCAGGUUGCAUUUACCACCGAGGCUGAGAUUCAAGCAUUUCUUGACCGCGAAAGUAUUCAAAUUCUUGCAAGAACGUUGACAGCAUCGGCGGACGAGGACAAGAAAGGUAAGGUCUUGAUCGAGUUAAAAAAUCGAGUGUGCCAAGGUUUCGAUAGAGAUUUUCAAGAUUUGGUUUUGAGAGCGAAGGUAUUUUCGAUUCUUGAAUCUAUACUUUGCGACUCGACGUGUUCGCAGCGGCUUCGCGAGCAAGCGGCCCUCGCUGUAGAUGCUUUAGUUAGAUUCAACAAGAAUGUAUUUGUGGGAUUGGUGUUUAUGGGUCCUACUAUUGGAGCCUUGAUCUCGAUGGGUUCGCGUUCCUCGAUUCAAGUUCUUUGCUCGCUGAUCAGAUUUAUCAGAUCUCCAUUAAUAGAUGAAAUGGAAUCGAACUGUGAAGUCCCGAGAAUUGUGAACCUCCUGAGAUCAGAAGAUUUGUCUAUUAGAGCUGCGGCCUUGGACUGCAUUCUUGAACUUGCUUAUUUUGGGAGGGACGAAGUCAUUACAGUAAUGCUUGGAGAAGAUUUGGUCAGGAAACUGAUGGAGGUGCAAAGAUUUGAACUUGGAACUAGUAGUGUACUUAAGAAAGAGUACGGAGGAAUUUGUGUGGAAACAGAGUCGGAAACGAGGGUAGAGAAUAAAGAGAGCGAACAUAUUGAGAACUAUCCAUUUGAAGGCUGUGUUACAAGGUUUGCAGUGCAGGUGGAAGUAGGGCAUGGGUUGAAUAAAAUAGAGAAGACAGAAGUAAAACUAGAAAUACUGAGAAGAGUCAGAGAGGCCUCUGUUUCUGAGGCAGAGUCAGCCACCGUCGAGAUGGAGGUACUUUGGUUAGAGAUAUUCGAUGGAGGGGACAGGUGAUUGCAGACUUGCAGGGGUGGUGCUGUGCUGCAAGUAGGGAUGGUUCUGAUUUUUUUUUUUCAUUCAAAAGCUCAAGUGAAGUAGGGUCAUUUUGGCCCUAAAACACAGCUAGGUUUAUGGAUACUGGAUGGAAUGCAGAUUGUCAGAAAAUUGCCCUUAUCCCAAAAAUAGAAUAGUCAUAAUAUCGAGUUUGUAAUAUCUCAUACUGUCAAAGAUUGCGUUUGUAAUAUCUCAUAAUAUUCCGACCUAACCCACAUCCCACAUUUCUUUCUUAAUUAGAAGAUCUCUCUCCCCUUGUUUAUUAACUAA